AUGAUGCUCCGAUCGCCACCGCUUGGGGGGUUGAUAAGUGAUACCGCGGGGCUGUCGUUCUGCAGUAUCUCCGUCGAGGCCUCCGGGCGGGAGCGGAUCGGCGAAACCGUCUCUGCCAACGAAUGCUCGAGUAUCGAUCACGACGCCCGCUUUCGCGAUGACGAGGAUGGGAUGUUCUUAGCGUACGAUCUCUCCGCCAUUCACGACGAGGUGUGCUAUCUCCGCCGGCAGAUGACAGAGCUCACCCAAAACUUGAAGAGGUCGAGGGCUGAUCAGGAGUUGCUCGUGCAACAGAUGAAAGGGAUGCAGGAGGAUAUGCUGGUAAACCUGCAUUGCCUCAAACUCACCCCUUUGAAAGACGUACAAAAUAAUAUCUUAAUUUUGCAGAAUCAACUAGAAGCGCUGCAGGCUCUUGUAUUGAAUUCGCAGUAUGUAAAGGACAGCAGGAACGGUAGCUCCACGCAGGUGACUGCGGAUUUGCCCCCUUUAAGGGUAGCUUCUUCUGAAAAUGACACAGCUAGAAUACGAUUGAAUCUUAAGCUAGAUCUUGAUCGUCAUUUUCUCGCAGGUGCGACCAACCCCCCUUCUUCAGCGUCUCCUCCAUCCGAGGUGUUCAUCUUUAUUCUCAUGGCACGUCCAACGGAUAGCGUGGGGAGUGUCAAGGAGCAGCUUCUAAAGCGUUUGUCAGCGAAUAAAAUAUUGCCGGAAAAUAGCCCCAUAUCAGCGUCUAAUACCUUUUUGUUCUUCGAUGAAAAAGUGCUAUUUGAUACUGAUCUUCUCGGUCAAGACUUGCAAAUGAAAUUGGCGCCGGAAGGUGAAUACACUUUGACGCUUCGGCGGAAGACAUAA